CAUAGUUGGUUCAGCAUUUUUUUUUUUUUUAAUAAUUUAACAACUGGAAAAUAGAGAAGGGGUGAGUGGUAAGAGCAGCCAGUAUGUUUGCAGCUCAGGAGUGACAGCAAAAGACUUCUUGGCCAGCUCCUGCAGUGGGACCUGGAAAAUGUCAGGUUUGGAGGGGGCCAGGAAUGAUGCAAAGUGUGUCCCCUUUGUACUCACCAGACUGUGGCUGAGAGUCUAGAGCAGGCACAAGGGUAUUGACCGGGCACCAGUAGUACAACCAGUAAUUCUAGUGAACAGUAAUGAUAACGCAACAAUAACCAUUGCUAACACUGGUUUAGAUGCACGUAGUACUAAGGGGACACUGGGUGAUAUGAUGGUGUGACCCCGAGAGUGCAGAGGCUUAACACAAUAGAAACUUAUUUCUCACUCAUGAAAAAUCCUGUGGGGUGUUUGGAAGGUGCUUUUCUAUGUGGUGAGCUAGGGACCAGAUCCUGUCUAUCUUGUCAUCCCAGUGUCCCCUCUGACCUUGAAGUCAUUUCCUUCCAGUUGGCGGACAAGGAAGGAGAGAAAUGAUUCCUCUGGGGAUACUCUUACGGGCUGAGUCUAAAGCGACACACAUUCUUUCUGUCUUUAUUUGCCAGAACCUGACCACAUGGCCAGAUCUGACUGUAAGGGAGUCCAAGAAACAUCUGCUAGCCAUAUUCCAAGAGAGUUGGAAAUGAAUUUUAGUAACCCAUAGAAGUUUCUGCCAAAGCAUAUCCAAGCACACAACUAAGCCUAGCACAUCUUAUUUAAUUCUCAUAAUGUUUCCAUCAGGCACUAAUUAUCCAGUUUUACAGAUGAGGAAACUAAGGCUCAGAGAAAUGAAGUCACUGGGCUCAGGGUCAUGCAGCUGAUGAGGAGACAAAGCCAACACGGUAGUCAAGGCGUUCAGGUGAUUCCUCCAUACCAGCAUUCUCUGCAUUUUACACUUGAGGACACUGAGGCUCAGAGAGACAAAGAAGUUUGCUCUGGGGCACACAGUGCAGCGGGAGUGAAGGACUCAGUCCCUGCCUGGGCUGAGCGAUGCCACAGUGCUCUUUGCCCGGUACCUGUUUUGAAGAAACAUCAUUCCAGAGCCCCGUGGAUACAUUUGUCGCAAGCCGCGGGAGCUCUGUUCUGGACACUGGAGAGAAGUGUCCUGGGACCCAGGCAGGAGAAGAGCCCGAGCGUGCAGGACCCUGCCCAGGACUCUCAGCACACCAGCCUGCCGGCUUGCAUCAGGGAGAUUGUCACCCGCAACCUCUCCCAGCCUGAGAGCCCAGCCCUGCCACCGGCCCCAGAGAUGGCGUCACUGCUGUCCCUGCAGGAGGAAAACCAGCUGCUGCAGCAGGAGCUGUCCCGCGUGGAGGACCUCCUGGCCCAGAGCUGCGCCGAGCGCGACGAGCUUGCCAUCAAGUACAGCGCGGCCAGCGAGAGGCUGGAGCAGGCUAUGCGGCUGGAAUCUGGGGAGCUGGAGCCACAGGAGCCCCCGGGGCUGGUCCGCCAGAGUGUGGAGCUGCGGAGGCAGCUGCAGGAGGAGCAGGCCUCCUACCGACGCAAGCUGCAGGCCUACCAGGAGGGCCAGCAGAGGCAGGCCCAGCUAGUGCAGCGGCUUCAGGCCAAGAUUCUCCAGUACAAGAAGAGGUGCUCCGAGCUAGAGCAGCAGCUGCUAGAGAGGUCCACAGAGCUGGAGCAGCAGCGGCUGAGGGACACAGAGCACAGCCAAGACCUGGAGAGUGCCCUUCUCCGCCUGGAGGAGGAGCAGCAGAGGAGUGCCAGCCUGGCCCAGGUGAACGCUAUGCUGCGAGAACAGCUGGACCAGGCAGGCUCCGCCAAUCAGGCUCUGAGCGAGGACAUUCGCAAGGUAACCAGCGACUGGACUCGCAGCUGUAAAGAGCUGGAGCAGCAGGAGGCGGCGUGGAGGCGCGAGGAGGAGUCCUUCAAUGCCUACUGCAGCAACGAACACAACCGCCUACUCCUCCUCUGGAGGAAGGUCGUGGGGUUCCGACGGCUGGUCAGCGAGGUGAAGAUGGGCACUGAGAGGGACCUGCGGCAGCUGGGAGGGGAGCUGGCCCGGACAUCUCGGGCUAUCCAAGAGGUGGGCCUGGGGCUGAGUGCCAGCCUGAAGCUGGCAGAGAGCCGGGCCCAGGCGGCCCAGGAGAAGCAGGUGCUGCUGCAGGCCCAGCUGGAGGAGCAGCUGCAGGCCAAGGUGCUCCGAGAGAAGGACCUGUCCCAGCUGCAGGUGCAGAGCGACCUGGACAAGGCUGAACUCAGUGCUAGAGUGACAGAGUUGGCCCUGGCCAUGGAGCGCCUUCAGAACCAGAAUCUGGAGAAGGAUCAGGUCAACAAGGCCCUCACUGAGAAGCUGGAGGCCCUGGAGUCUCUGCGGCUACAGGAGCAGGCGACCCUGGAGUUGGAGGACACAGAAGGGCUCCAGCAGACCCUGAGGGACCUGGCACAGGCCGUCCUGUCAGACACAGAGAGCGGUGUCCAGCUAAGUGGCUCGGAGCGCACAGCAGACACCUUGGACGGCAGCCUGCGGGGUCUCUCGGGCCAGCGGACCCCGUCCCCGCCACGGCGUUCCUCGCCCAGCCGCGGCCGUUCCCCUCGCCGAGGCCCGUCCCCGGCCUGCUCUGACUCCUCCACGCUUGCUUUGAUCCAUUCGGCCUUGCACAAGAGGCAGCUGCAGGUUCAGGACAUGCGUGGUCGCUAUGAGGCGAGCCAGGACCUGAUGUGCACCCUGCGGAAGCAGCUUAGUGACAGCGAGGGUGAGCGGCGUGCCCUAGAGGAGCAGCUGCAGCGCCUGCGGGAUAAGAUGGAUGGGGCUGCUCAGGCCCAAGAGGAUGCCCAGCGUGAAGCCCAGCGUCUGCGGAGCACCAAUGAACUCCUGAGCAGGGAGAAGGGCAGCUUGGCCCACAACCUGCAGGCGGCCCAAGAGCAGGCCGAGGGACUGCGGCAGGAACUGGAGAAGCUGCAGGCUGCCCAGGAGGAGCUGCGGCGCCAGCGGGACCGGCUGGAGGAAGAGCAGGAGGAUGCGGUUCAGGAUGGCGCCAGGGCACAAAGGGAGCUUGAGCGCAGCCAUAGACAGCUAGAGCAGCUGGAAGUGAAGCGCUCAGGGCUGGCGAAGGAGCUGGUGGAUGUGAGGGAGGCACUGAGCUGCGCCACGCUGCAGCGGGACAUGCUGCAGGCCGAGAAGGCAGAGGUGGCUGAGGCGCUGACCAAGGCUGAGGCUGGCCGCGUGGAGCUCGAGCUGUCCAUGACCAAGCUGAGGGCAGAGGAGGCUUCUCUGCGGGACUCCUUGUCCAAGCUAAGUGCCCUCAACGAGAGCCUCGCCCAGGACAAGCUGGGGCUGAACCACCUUGUCGCCCAGCUGGAGGAGGAAAAGGUGGCCUUGCUGGGCCGGCAGCGUCAGGCAGAGCAGGAGGCCACCUUGGCUCUGGAGGAGCAGCAGAGGCUGGAGCAGCUGCGGCUGGAGCACGAGGUGGAGCGGCAGGGCCUGGAGGGCGCCCUGCACGCCGCCGAGCAGGCCCGGGAAGCCCUGGAGCAGCAGCUGCCUGAGCUGCGCAGCGAACGCAGCGGGCUGCAGGAACAGCUGGCUCAGCUCUCCCGGCAGCUGAGCGGGCGGGAGCAGGAGCUGGAGCAGGCCCGGCGGGAGUCCCAACGGCAGGUGGAGGCCCUGGAGCGAGUGGCCCGGGAGAAGGAGGCGCUGGCCAAGGAGCGGGCAGGCCUGGCUGUGCAGCUGGCAGCGGCGGAGCGCGAUUGCCAGGCCCUGUCAGAGGAGGCCACUCGCCUGCGCGUGGAGAAGGCAGCCCUGGAGAACAGCCUGUUCGAGGUGCAGACGCAGCUGGCCCAGCUUGAGGCGCGCCGGGGGCAGCUAGAAGCGGAUGGACAGGCCCUGUUGCUGGCCAAGGAGACCCUGACUGGUGAGCUGGCAGGCCUGAGGCAGCAGAUGAUAACUGCAGAAGAGAAAGCAGCUCUGGACAAGGAGCUAAUGGCCCAGAAGCUGGUGCAGGCGGAGCGGGAGGCCCAGGCCUCUUUGCGGGAGGAACGGGCAGCCCACGAGGAGGACUUGCAGCGACUCCAGCGUGAGAAGGAGGCCGCAUGGCGCGAGCUGCAGGCGGAGCGGGCCCAGCUGCAGGGCCAGCUGCAGCGGGAGCGGGAGGAGCUGCUGGCCCGGCUGGAGGCCGAGAAGGAGGAGCUGAGCGAAGAGAUAGCUGCCCUGCAGCAGGAGCGCGACGAGGGCUUGCUCCUGGCCGAGAGCGAGAAGCAGCAGGCCUUGUCUCUGAAGGAGUCCGAGAAAACAGCACUGUCAGAGAAGCUGAUGGGCACCCAGCACAGCCUGGCCGCCGUCUCCCUGGAGAUGGAGCGGCAGAAGCGAGAUGCGCGGAGCCGGCAGGAGCAGGACCGGAGCACCAUGCAUGCCCUGACGUCUGAACUGAGGGACCUCCGGGCCCAGCUUGAUGAGGCCACUGCUGCUCACGCCCAGGAGGUGAAGAGGCUGCAGGAGCAAGCCCAUGACCUGGGCAGGCAGCGGGAGUCCUGCCAGCGUGAGGCAGAGGAGCUUCGGACUCAGCUGCGGCUGCUGGAGGAUGCCCGUGAUGGGCUGCGGCGGGAGGUGUUGGAGGCACAGCGCAGGGUGCGGGAUGCCCAGGAGGGCCGCGAGGCCCAGUGCCAGGAGGCCGGGGAGCUGCGGCGCAGCCUGAGUGAGGGUGCCAAGGAGCGCGAGGCCCUGCGGCGCUCCAAUGAGGAGCUGCGGGCUGCAGUGAAGAAGGCUGAGAGCGAGCGCAUCAGCCUGAAGCUUGCCAGCGAUGACAAGGAGCAGAAGCUGGCACUCCUGGAGGAGGCUCGGGCAGCAGCGGCCAAGGAGGCCGGGGAGCUUCGUUCCGGGCUGCAGGAGGUGGAGCGUUCCCGGCUGGAGGCGCGGAGGGAGCUGCAGGAGCUCCGGCGGCAGAUGAAGGUGCUGGACAGUGAGAACACCAGGCUGGCCCGGGAGCUGGCCGAGCUGCAGGGCCGCUUGGCCCUGGGUGAGCGAGCAGAGAAGGAGAGCCGGAGGGAGACCCUGGGCCUGCGACAGAGAAUGCUAAAAGGCGAGGCCAGCCUAGAGGCCAUGCGGCAGGAGCUUCAGGGAUCCCAGCGGAGGCUGCGGGAGCAGGAGGGCGAGUUCCGAGCCCGGGAGCGCGGCCUGCAGGGCUCCCUGGAGGAGGCGCGCAGUGCAGAGAAGAAGCAGCAGGACCUCGCCCGAGGCCUGGAGCUGAAGCUGGAGGCGUCGCGGGCCGAGGCCGCAGAGCUGGGGCUGCGUCUGAGUGCGGCUGAGGGCCGGGCGCAAGGCCUGGAGGCCGAGCUGUCCCGAGUGCAGGCGCAGCGGCGUGCUGCAGAGGCCCAGCUAGGCGGUCUGCGCUCCGCCCUGCGCCGGGGCCUGGGCCUCGGCCGCGGCCGCACCCCCAGCCCCAGCCCCGGCCAGUGGCCAGCUGCAGGCUCCCCGGCCCGCGAUGCACCACCACCGGGAGGAAGCGGGGAGGCACUUAAUAGCCCCAGCCCCUUGGAACGCAGCCCAGGGUCUCAGCCCCCUUCCCCAGGACCUGCCACCUCCCCAGUCCCUCCAGACCUUGACCCAGAGGCAGUGCGGGGGGCCCUCCGGGACUUCCUGCAGGAGCUACGGAGCGCUCAGAAGGAGCGGGAUGAACUUCGGGCCCAGACGAGUACCCUGAGUCGACAGCUGGCUGAGAUGGAGGCUGAGAGAGACAGUGCGGCCUCCCGGGCCAGGCAGCUGCAGAAGGUGAUGGCCGAGAGAGAAGAGGCUCGGCGCACCGUGGACGGGCAGCUGAGCAGGGUCCAGGCUGAGCUGGCACUGCAGGAGGAGAGUGUGCGGCGCAGCGAGCGGGAGCGCAGAGCCAUGCUGGACCAGGUGGCUGCCCUGGAGAGGAGCUUGCAGGCCGUGGAGAGUGAGCUCCGGGCAAGCCAGGAGAAGAUCAGCAAGCUGAGGGGCGACGGCGCAAAGCUGGAGAGUGACAAGCGGCGCCUGAAGGAGGUGCUGGACGCCUCCGAGAGCCGUGCCAUCAAGCUCGAGCUGCAGCGGCGCGCCCUCGAGGGGGAACUACAGCGCAGCCGUCUGGGCCUGAGCGACCGCGAGGCUCAGGCCCAGGUCCUCCAGGAUCAAGUGGACUCCCUGCAGAGACAGGUGGCAGACAGCGAGGUGAAGGCGGGGACCUUGCAGCUGACGGUGGACCGGCUGAAUGGGGCCCUGGCCAAGGUGGAGGAGAGUGAGGGUGUCCUGAGAGACAAGGUGCAGUGCCUGACAGAAGCCCUAUCCCAGAGCAGCGCCAGCCUCAGCAGCACCCAGGACAAGAAUCUGCAGCUGCAGAAAGCCCUGACUGCCUGUGAGCAUGACCGCCUGGUGCUCCAGGAACGACUGGACGCUGCCCGGCAGGCGUUGUCUGAAGCACGCAAGCAGAGCAGCAGCCUGGGCGAGCAGGUGCAGACCAUGCGGGGUGAGCUGGCAGACCUGGAGCUGCAGCGGGCAGAGGCCGAGGGCCAGCUGCAACAGCUGCAGGAGGUGCUGCGGCAGCGGCAGGAGAGCGAGGCCGCGGCUCUGCACAGGGCCCAGAAGCUGCAGGAGGAGCGGCGGCUACUGCAGGAGCGCCUGGGCAGCCUGCAGCGAGCCCUGGCCCAGCUGGAAGUGGAGAAGCAGGAGGUGGAACGCUCAGCCCUGCGGCUGGAGAAGGACCGUGUGGCCCUCAGGAGGACACUGGACAAGGUGGAGCGGGAGAAGCUUCGCAGUCACGAGGACACAGUGCGGCUGAGUGCAGAGAAGGGCCGCUUGGACCGCACUCUCUCUGGGGCUGAGCUGGAGCUGGCCGAGGCCCAGAGGCAGAUCCAGCAGCUGGAGGCCCAGGUGGUGGCCCUGGAGCAGAACCAGGGCCAGGCUCAGCCAGAGGCAGAUGGACAGCAACGGCUGGAGCUGCAGCAGGAGUUGGAGCGCCUGCGCAGUGCCCGGGUGCAGACUGAGCGCACGCUGGAGGCCCGGGAGCGGGUCCAUCGCCAGCAGGUGCUAGGGCUGGAGGAGCAGGUGUCUACACUGAAGGGGCAGCUGCAGCAAGAGCUGUGGAGGGGCCCAGCAUGCUUUUCCCCACCCUGCGGCCCUCCAGAGAAGUGAGCCUUCCCGAGAGCAGCCUGGGCCAGGAGAGGGGCCUCUGCAGCACAACCCACCCAGGGCCUGGGCGAGGGUGGGGUCGGGUGGAGGCAGGUAGCAGUGCCGAGGGCAGGGUGCCCACUCUAGGCCACACGUACCAGUGGCUUCACCCCGGCCCCCUUCUCCAGGGACAGCCACUCUAGAUCACACCAUCCUCCGGGAGAGCGGCUGAGCCAGAGCCAAGGGUCAGGGAAAGCCCUGGUCUCUGGAGCAGGAGUUCGUAGGGAGGAGGCAGGGUCAGCGCCCCAGGCCCUGACUGGCUUCCCAGGGGUCUCAGCCUUAGUUCAGAGAGUGUCAGGAAUUCCUCAGAGAGCGCAGAGUCCUUGUAUUUUUGUACCUUUUUAUAUAAUGUUACUAUUGAGAACUGUUGUGUUGUUUUGUGACAAGACUCCAUUUUCUACGACGGUU